AUGUCUGGUGGUGAAAAACUUUCUGCCUUUGGCAGUGAUCCUGUUCCUGACACCCACUUUUAUAGGAGUCUUUCUCCGCUUGAAUCUCAUUGGAAAGUUAUGAAGAAGAUCUUGCGGUAUCUCAAAGGGACUUUGGAUUUUGGGUUGAGCCUUAAGAAGUGCUCUAAUCUCUCUUUGACAGGAUUUUGUGAUGCAUAUUGGGCAUCGGACCCAGAUGAUAGCCGCUCCACUUCAGGUUUCUAUGUUUAUCUUGGUGCAAACCUUGUUUCUUGGGCUUCUAAAAAACAGCGCAUUGUGUCUUGUUCAAGCACGGAAGUUGGGUAUCAUAGCUUAGCAAAUGCUACAGUAGAAGUUGUAUGGAUUUAG